AUGACAAGAGUGCCACGGCCACCGCCGCUUAACAUAUUCUUCUCCUUUCUUUUUAUCGUAGCAGUCGAGUUUUCUUGUGCGAAUUCACAACAGUUCUUGACAUCCGAGCGAUCCACAUUGCUUAGCCUCAAGCAACAGUGGGGGAAUCCGCCAUCACUGAAUACCUGGAACGCCACUUCAUCUCCGUGUAACUGGCCAGGAGUUCUCUGCAACUCCAACAGCUCGGUUAUUAUUCUUGUUCUUCAGAGCAAAGGGUUAAUCGGACGUAUACCGCCAUUCAUCUGUGACCACCUACGGAAUCUGGAGAAUUUGGAUCUCACUAAUAAUUUCCUCACCGGAGAGUUCCCUAGGGUUUUGUAUAAUUGUUCGAAGCUAGUUGAAAUUGAUAUCGCAUACAACGGUUUUGUUGGAAGGUUGCCGGAUGACAUCGACCGAUUAUCAUCACGACUCAAAACCAUUGAUAUCGGAGGUAAUAACUUCACCGGCGAUAUACCUCCAGCAAUCGGCAAUUUGUCAGCGUUAAUUUCCUUGUACAUAUUUACAGCGGCGGAAAUACCAUCGGAGUUUGGGAAGUUGAGCAAUUUGACAUAUUUAUUAAUGCAUCAAAGUAAUCUGAUUGGAAAAAUUCCAGAAAGUUUGGCGAAUUUGUCGAGUCUCGAAUGUUUGGAUUUUAGUUCCAACAGUUUGGAAGAUGAAAUCCCUUCCGGUUUGUUUCUGUUAAAGAAUUUGAGAAUUUUGUUCUUGUAUUUUAACGCUUUAUCCGGCAAAAUUCCGGCCAUGAUAGAGUCUUUAAAUUUGACUGAAAUCGAUCUCUCUGAAAACAAAUUGAACGGUUCAAUUCCUGAUGAUUUUGGCAAAUUGCAGCAGCUGGAGGUGUUGAGUUUGUUCUUAAAUCAAUUAUCAGGCAAUAUUCCGGCGGGUAUUUCUCAAAUUCCAACACUGAGAAUUUUCAAAGUCUUCAGCAACAAUCUCAAUGGCGAAUUACCUUCGGAAAUUGGGCUUCACUCAAAGCUCGAAGCUUUUGAUGUAGCGGGGAACAAACUCACCGGAAAGCUGCCUGAGAAUUUAUGCGGUGGAGGUACUUUGUUCACCAUGGUUGCUUUCGCCAACAAUCUCACCGGAGAAAUCCCGAAUUCACUCCAGAGUUGUGAAAAGCUUCGUUCAGUCCAACUCUAUAACAACAGUUUCACGGGUGAACUUCCUCCAGGAAUUUGGACAUUAUCCAAUCUUUCAAGCUUGAGGCUCACUGGGAACUUUCUUUCUGGCGAAUUACCGAUUACAGUACCAUGGAAUUUAUCAAGACUGGAGAUCAGUGACAACAAGUUUUCAGGUCAAAUUCCGGAAGGCAUUUCUUCUUGGACGAAACUGAAUGUGUUCAAGGCUAGUAACAACAUGUUUACAGGUGAAAUUCCGGCGACAUUCACUCAUCUUUCACAGUUGUCGGUGCUUCAACUUGAUGGGAAUUCACUUUCUGGCCAACUUCCGUCAGAGAUCAAGUCGUGGAAUUCACUAACCACUUUGCAUCUAGCUAGAAACAAACUUUCUGGCCCGAUUCCACCAGCCAUCAGUUAUUUGAAACGUCUUCUUGAUCUUGAUUUAUCUGAGAACCAACUCUCCGGCAAAAUUCCACCACAGUUAAGCCGUUUGAGGCUGAACACUUUGAAUCUUUCUUCCAACAAACUCACCGGAAGAAUCCCAUUUACAUUUGAUAACCUGGCUUUCCAGAAUAGUUUCUUGAACAACCCGAAUCUAUGUGCUUCAUCCCAAAUCUUAAACCUCCAUAAAUGUUACACCAAAUCCUCCUCACGCCCCUCCAAAAUCAUCGUCUUGUCAGCAUUUAUCAUACUCGUCACCAUUCUUUGCACCUUAUUUGUUGUGUUGUUCCGACGGCACCUCAAGCAUAAACACAUACAUGAUCUCACGAUAUGGAAUCUGACAUCAUUUCAUAUAUUGGAUUUCACAGAAUCUAACAUUUUAUCCUCCUUGACCGAGAAUAACCUAAUCGGUAGUGGUGGUUCCGGGAAAGUCUACCAAAUUGAAAUCGGUCGGCGGCGUGGGGAGUAUGUUGCAGCCAAGAUGAUUUGGAACCCUAAAAAACUCGACGAUACCCUCGAGAAAGAGUUUUUAUCGGAGAUUCAUAUAUUGGGUUCAAUUCGUCACUCCAACAUAAUCAAACUGUUAUGUUGUAUUUCGAGCGAGGAUUCUAAGAUUCUUGUUUACGAGUAUAUGGAGAAUCGAAGUCUCGACAAGUGGUUACAUGGGAAGAAGAGGAAAUCACAAGGUGGUUUGGUUCACCCCACGAUCUUGGAUUGGCCCAGGAGGUUGCAGAUCGCCAUUGGAGCGGCUCAGGGGCUGUGCUAUAUGCAUCAUCACUGUUCUCCGGCGAUCAUUCAUAGAGAUAUCAAGUCAAGCAAUAUUCUGUUAGAUUCCGAUUUCAAAGCGAAGAUAGCCGAUUUUGGACUCGCAAAGAUUUUGACGAGUCAAACCAACACCAUGUCUGCUAUAGCUGGCUCAUUUGGUUACAUUCCCCCUGAGUAUGCUUACUCAAGUAAGGUAAAUGAGAGGGUAGAUGUAUAUAGCUUCGGUGUGGUGCUAUUAGAACUGGUAACUGGAAAAGAAGCACAUGAAGGAGAUGAGGAUAUGAAUCUAGCAGAAUGGGCAUGUAGGAAUUACAGUGAAGGGAAGUACGUGGUUGAAGCUUUGGACCCAGAAAUUAAGCAGGAUGAUAGUUACAUGGAAGAAAUCAGGAUAGUGUUCAAACUAGGGCUUAUUUGUACAAACACAUUGCCUUCGAGUCGGCCACAAAUGAAAGAAGUACUUGGGAUUCUUCUGAAACUUAAUCUCAUAAGUAGGAAUAAGGUGUUAAAGGAAGGCACUGAUAUCUUCGAUGACAAAAGUGUAAAGGGUUGCUAA